CAAAUCAAUGUCUAUGAGAAAUCUCAAAUGAAAGUAACAAAUCCGAAAUGUUGUUUGAUGCAAUGAUUGAAUGGAGGAACAAGAAUGUGUUGGGAGUGAUAUUUGUUCUGUUCUUGGGGCAGCUUGUUUCAACUAAUCUUGCUCUUAAUAGUUUCACUUCAUCUCUAUUAGCUAAUCACAGUGUGAAUGCACCUCUAACUCAAUGUCUGUUAUGUUAUAGUUUACUUGCACUUGUUUACACUCCAAUUGUAUUAUAUCGACGACAAAAAUUAGCGGUACCUUGGUAUUGGUAUCUUCUUUUAGGGUUUAUUGAUGUUCAAGGGAAUUUGUGUGUUGUUAAGGCAUAUCAAUACUCGUCAAUUACAAGUGUGAUGCUGUUGGAUUGUUGGACAACACCAUGGGCCAUGAUCCUUACAUGGAUUCUCAUAGGGACUCGAUAUUCUCUAUGUCAGUUCUUUGGUGCAGCCAUUUGCAUGGCAGGACUUUGUUUAGUAGUCUUUUCCGAUUCAGUGGGUGGUGCCUCUGGUGGAAAAAAUCCUCUUCUCGGAGAUGGACUUGUAAUUGCAGGAACGGUUUGUUAUGCGUUGAGUAACGUUGGAAUGGAAUAUUGUGUUAAGAAGAAAAACCGUGUUGAAGUUCUUUCGAUGCUUGGUAUUUUUGGAGUGCUCGUGAGCAUUUGUCAAAUAAUUUUGAUGGAGAGGAAUAAUCUGGAAGAGAUUAAGUGGUCUCCUGAAAUUAUAUCGCUCUUUGGCUGCUACGCAGUCUCAGCUUUUGUGUUCUAUUCAACUAUUCCUUGUGUUUUGAAGUUGGGUGGAGCUGUUCUGUUCAACCUCUCACUUUUAACAUCGGAUGUAUGGGGAGUGAUCAUCCGCGUUUUUGGUUUCCACCAAAAGAUACAAUGGUUAUACUAUGUCUCCUUUAUCACCGUAGGAGUCGGACUCAUCAUUUAUUCAACAAAUGAUCAAAAUUCUAUUACCACAACAAAUGUGGAGAACGAGAAUGAGAGUGGCAAUAGUCAAUACCAACUACUCGAUGAAGAAAACAAGGGUGUCAGAAGCCAGACGGCACUAACCUAAAAAGGGCGUCAGAAGCCAGACGGCAACAAACUAAAAGGCGCAUACCCAUUUUUCUGCAGGAAGCCCAUUCAUUCAAAUAGUCGGAGUAUGCAUGAAGUUUCUUCUAAAAUGAGAAAUGGUGAAGAAAUUUUUAGCGUCUGUGAAACCACAUUCUUUUGUUUGAAAUUCUUCAGAAAUACCAAAUGUUCAUAAAAAAAAAAUACAUACAGUUUUUACAAACCCUUUUUAUUCCGAAUAAGGCAAAGACAGUUUCUUGA